UCCUGCCGUCAAGGUGCAGCAGCUGCUUUCAACAAUGAAAUGAAAGUAAACCAAUAACGUUUGGGGUGAUAUGUGAUCAGGGGAGACAUGGUUUUAUAUGAAAUAAAUAAAUAAUUAUGUAAUGCAUCCAACUCAGAAGUCUUACACGAAGAGGGAAAUGCUUCAGAUCUCUUUGUUUCAACUGGUCUGACCUGUGAAAGAUGGACGAGGUGAUGGAUUCUCAAGGAAGUAUGACUUCCGAGGUCAAGCCGCAGGAUGUCGAGAAUGAUGUCCCAGAAGCAAACUUCACCGAUGGGAAAGAAGAGGUCCUCUGUGGAGCCGAGAAGCAUGACACUACAAAAGACUGUGCGCUUAUGGAUAACGCGCAAGACGAAGCAGCAUCUCAGAAGUCGAUGGACUGUGGGUUUGCGGGUGGGCUGGAUGAAUCCGCUCCCGCGGGCAGCCAGAGCAAUACGGCUCAAACACACUGUUCCAAUGGGCAGAAAUCUAAGCGGUCCAGUUCACCUGGCCCCCACCCUGUUAAAACAACCUGUGUUGCUGCACACUCUCCAAAUCCAAAAUUCAUCCUCCCUGUCAACAAUAGUCCCGGGAAGGCUGUGAGUGCGGCCAGUGAUGUAGAGAUGCUGAGUCCGGACAGCCCCGUCUCUAAAACCGUGCUCGUCAACAACUCUGCAGGCGAGGAUCAUGAUGGUAGCGGUUGCGCAGAGGACUCUGGCUUUGCAAAGGCUCAGGUAAUGGAAUCUCAGCAGUUUGUCAAAGACUCUGAUUCUGGAUGUUUUACCAAAGACAGAGUUCAUCUGGUAACCACGGGAACCGAGGAUGCUGAGAUAGCAGAGUGCAGCGGCUCAUCUGAUAUGAGCCAGGACUUAAUCGGAAGCCAGUCAGAUGCACGUCCUGAAAGCGAGUCAUUCGCAUUGCAUAACAUGGACAGACGGUGGCUGGGGACGCCCAUCGAUGAGCUGAACAGAAUGCCCCAAUGUGCCCCCCCUUUGUCUCACCUGAAAGUAGUGCCUAACCACACUGUCACAGUCAGGACAGAUCUCCUCAGAGAGGGAGAAGUUCCUGUCCCAUACCCCACCAAGUUUAAAGAUGCGUGGGAUGAUGUGUCCGUGAAGAUGCCCUGCUCUGAGAAGAAUCUGUUUCCUAUGGAGACCGAGGAUGGCGGUGGCGUCCAAAGUCGGUGGGAGCUGAUCCACACUGCCUUGCAGGGAGGGUUCAAGAGUUCUCUGGAUGUUAGGGAUGCAGUAUUGAGAUACAACACAGCCCAUGCAAAGAAAUGGGACUUCACUGCCCUGAACCUUCUUUGCACAGAGUAUCUCGAGCUCUGCGAGGCAAAAACCCUGUUUGAGGUCGUACUACCAGCCAUGGUUAGCCUUGCACUCAGUGCUCCUCGCCUCUGCACGUUGCCAAUUCCCCUACUGAAGUCAAGGAUGAACCACUCCCUGACUAUGUCUCAGGAGCAAAUAGCCUGUCUUCUGGCCAACGCCUUCUUCUGCACAUUCCCCCGACGCAACUCCCGCAAGUCGGAGUACUGCAAUUAUCCUGAGAUCAACUUCUACAGGUUAUUUGAAGGCUCUUCAUCGAGAAAAAUUGAGAAGUUGAAAACUCUGCUGUGCUACUUCAGGAGAGUUUCAAAGACCAGUCCCAAGGGUCUUGUUACAUUCACAAGACAAGUAUUGAACAGUCCUCCGAACUGGGAAAGCUCCCAGACUCAGCUGAGACGCCUACAUAUCACAUGUGAGGGGACCAUUGAGGACAAUGGAUACGGGAUGCUGCAGGUGGACUUUGCAAACAGGUUCGUAGGUGGGGGAGUAACGGGACACGGACUGGUCCAGGAGGAGAUCAGGUUCAUGAUCAACCCUGAGCUCAUUGUCUCGCGUCUCUUCACUGAAGCUUUGGAGUACAACGAGUGCCUCAUCAUCACAGGCACCGAACAGUACAGUAAAUACAGUGGCUAUGCUGAGAGUUACAAGUGGAAGGAGAGCCACAACGAUGAGACGCCCAGGGAUGACUGGCAGAGAAGAUGUACAGAGAUUGUGGCGAUUGACGCUCUUAAAUUCAGACACUUCUUAGAGCAGUUUCUCCCUGAGAAGAUAGUCAGAGAACUCAACAAGGCAUACUGUGGAUUCUUCCGAAGCAACACCAACAGCAAGCACCUCUCUGCAGUAGCCACAGGCAACUGGGGUUGUGGAGCUUUUGGCGGGGACACGCGGCUCAAAGCGCUGAUCCAGCUGAUGGCUGCAGCAGAGGCUGGGAGAGACAUGGCGUACUUCACAUUUGGAGACGCUCAGCUCAUGAGAGAUGUUCAUAAAAUACACGCUUUCCUCACCGGGAGAAAAGUCACCGUCGGGCGGCUGUACAGCCUAUUGAACCAGUACUCCAAUAUGGUGUGUAAGAAUUGCCGAACGACUCGACCGGACGUAAGUCUCUACAGCUUCAUCUAUGAGAAAGUCUCUUCCCAAGCGGCCGCCGACGCCCUCAAGUCUGCCAAGGAUUCUGGGAUGUCCCCCGUAACAUCGGACUCUCAUUAACUGUGGGAGAGCUGCAAAUCAACUACCCUCAGUCGCUACGUGUCAAAGACACUCCAGGUUCAGAAACCUCAGUGUGCUCUCAGCACUAGUGCUUACAAUCACUUUUUCCUCCCUCACACACGCAAACACACACACACACACACACACACACACACACACACACACUCCCUUUAAGUUUGUGAUCCCAACACACAAACUACCAAAACACAGUUUUGCCUUUCUCAUUGGUGGUAUUAUAGAAGCCUUGUAGUAUGUCACCAAAUGUGGUGAAAUGUGGAGACUUAUAGCAAUAGUAAAUCCGGGUUGCUGUUAGGCCUUUCUUUAGUCUAAAUGUGGUGUGGAAUUCUUUAGUUUUUACACACUUAUUACAAAUAUGGCCAAAUAUUCAUCAUAUGCAUGGUUGUGGACACUUUUUGUUCUUGAUAAUGCAGGACAUGAUAAUCCUCCCUACUUAUCGUGUCUUAUAUUGUGUUUGAUACUUAUUUUUGGCUGAGUUGUCUUCUCUAUUUACCAUACCCAAUGCUGUGGUGAGGUUCCUGAAUGCAGAGGGAUGAUGAGAUGCCAUACUGUAGUCUAUGCAUGGGUAACAUUUAUUUAUCAGAUAUUCUACAAAUAUAUGCUGCUCUUUUAUAUCCUCUAGGAUGUCGAUGCUUAACACAUAUUGUCCUUAUUUUACUAUCCACACUAUCAAUAAAAUAGUCACAGGUGUGAGAGUCAUCUCAGAUGGAACAGAUACAAAGAAUUUAUGGUUGUUUUAAUUUCAAAACAUUAAUUCUAUCAUAGUAAAUUAAUAAUUUUCAAGUAUAUUCAGUGUUAAGCACAUAAUUGCUACUGUAUAUACAAGUAAAGGGGGAGCGGAUGAAGAAAGAAUUGCACGCAAAAUAUUUUUGUUAAUGUUUUUAAUCAACAUUUACUUUGGGGAUGCGGUUACGUUUUUUUUGUUUGUUUGUUUUCUUCUCUAUUUUCUGAUUGACUGUGUGGGUUCUAUUUAAUAAUCGGGUCAUGGAUUGGUUGAUGACUGUAAAUGUAUUGCAUAGUACUGUACUUUAGGUUUUUCUGUUGUACUCUUUUUAUUAUAAUUUCUUAAUUAAAGUAUAUCCUGUCAAACUGGCA